AAUCAUACAUGAAAGCAACAAGGUGCAACACUGCAACCAGAACGCUGAGUUUCCCAGAGGGCUUACUUUUGCUAAUACUGGGACGUUCCAAUGAGGGUAAAUAUUUCCAAAGAAGUACCCCUUUCAUCUCACUUUGCCUCUAAUGGGAGUGCAGCUGUGCUGCUGCUGCAGAGCAUUAGUGCAACAGACAAUUGCACAGAACCCAGAAAAGAGUUCCAGCAUUCCCUUUAUGCAGUGACAUACACCAUCGUCUUCAUCCCAGGCCUCCUGACCAACAGCAUGGCCCUGUGGAUUUUAUGCCGCUUCAUCAGCAAGGAAAACAAAAACAUCAUCUUCAUGGUUAAUUUGGCCACUGCUGACCUCAUUCAAGUCCUUUCCUUGCCUCUGCGGAUAUAUUAUUACAUCAACUACAAGUGGCCAUUUGGAACCUUCCUCUGCCAGCUCUGCUUCUAUCUGAAGUAUCUUAACAUGUAUGCCAGCAUUUGCUUCCUUACGUGCAUCAGCGUUCAAAGGUACCUCUUCCUUCUCCAUCCAUUCAGGGCCAAAGGGUGGAAACGGAGGUACGACAUGGCCAUAUGUGUUGCUGUGUGGAUCUUUGUUGGAGCUGCUUGCUUGCCGUUUCCAUUGAUGAGAAGUUCGAACAGCAAUGAUACUUGCUUUACCGACCUUGGUGUCAAGAAAAUAGGCAGCCAGGCCAGCUCAGUCUUGUUGAUGCUGGUGGCUGAAAUUGUUGGGUUUUUGACCCCUCUCGUCACCAUUGUCUACUGCACUUGGAAGACAAAAGCCUCCCUCCAAGAAUGCCAUAUCCCUCUGCAAAACACUAUCGAGAAGCAGAAGGCACUACGGAUGGUUGCUAUGUGUGCCAUUGUCUUCUUCGUGUGUUUCACACCAUAUCACAUUGUGUUUUUCUUCUUUAUGAUGGUGAAAGAGGACGUUAUCAGAGACUGUGCCACACGCUGGUUUAUCCUGCACCUGCACCCUUUCUGCUUAAGCCUUGCAAGUCUUAACUGUUGCUUAGAUCCAGUCCUCUAUUUCUUCACAACAUCAGAAUUCAAGGGUCAGGUGUCAAGACACAGCAGCUUGGCCAUCAGGAGUCGUCUGAUGAGCAGAGAAAGUGCUUCUUCUGUUAAGGAAUGAAAUAAGUUGGACUUCUAAUCAUUCAAGGAGUCAUAGUCAGAAGCUGUAUACAGCUGUAUAUGACUCGUCCAUCUCGCUUAGUAUCAUCUUGUGCAGUCAGGAUUCCACACCAUGCAGUGACAUAGCAUGGGGAGGACAGAGGGAUGGUUGCCCUGGGCUCAAAAUUCUUAGGAGUGCACAAUUUCAACACCCGGUGGUGCCUCAAUGACCACUCACCACAUCAAAUGGGGGGGCGACCUUUGCGUGGUCGUGUGCAGCCCCCUGAUCCCAUAAGGUGACUCCAUGGUAGUUUGGAGCUGGCACUACCUUCCCAGGCAGGAUACCUGGGGUCUCCGCCUACCCCAGCCAAGCGUCCAAUCCUGCCUGGGGAGGUAUCGCCAGGGGACUGGCCAGGUAAGGGGAGGGAUUUUCCAGCUCACACAAUAGAAUUUGAAGCUUACAUCUUACAAAACUUGACAGCAUAAUUUCUACAGGCAUGUCCCCAGUAUGUGAAAAGCGUGAGUGGGGCUAUGAUGAUGGGGACACUCUGCCUCACUUAACUUAUUGUUAACUAGAUGGCCCUGCCACAUGUUGCUGUGGCUCAUCCCUGUGAUUUCCCCCACCCUGUGACGAACCAUGACGUAUCCUGCCCCCUCCUCCCCCACCCCCAGCUUAUCCCUGUGAUUCCCCCCUCUCUGUCCCAACCCAUGACGUAUCACACCCCCUUCUCCCCCCACCCCUGGCUCACCCCUGUGCCUGGUCCCAUCAUAUCCUGACCUAUCCCAUCCCAUCCCCCCAACCCCAACCAGGUGAGUCAGUACCUCCAUUUGGCCUAGUCUGUAAAGGCUUCAGCCUAGUAUGUAAACGGGAGCCAAGGUGCAGUUGAGAGGGAAGGUUUUUAUAGGUGUAACACCAGUGUAGCCGCCGCUAGAGGGCGCUGGUUUGUAACCUGGUUCUUUUCCCAGCAUGCACUUUGGGCUGAGUGGUGCAUCCUGGAACAGGGUUUUUUGGGGGUUUUACGUGGCGAAGGUGUGACAUCUGUCUUAGCAAACUUUCCUAUAUCCUUCGGACAUUCACAUGUGAUGUUGUGUCAAAAUUUCACCUCAAUCGGUCAAGCGGUUUUGGUGAAAAGUGGAAACACACCCACACGUCCUUUUUCCAUUUUUAUAUAUGUAGAUGGUAUAAGGAAAAACAGCCAAGUAGGGUUUUUGUCAAUCAAAGAACACAAGAACUGUCUAAAGACAAAGCUGUCUUUAUAGUGACUCAAACCGCAGGUUCAUUCAGCCCGCUGUCUCAAGCAGGAAUCUGUAUUCACACUCAAACCUGGAGAUGCCAGUGACUGAACAUACGUUCUGCUACUCAGCUAUGAUGCUUUCUCUGAUAAAGCAAGAUAGAACACUAGCUCAGUAUCAUCAACGAUGACUCGCAGCAGCUUUCCAGGAUAACAGGCAGAGUUCUCUCUUAUUCCUACCCGGAGAGCUCAGGGAUUUAUCAUGGGGUUUUCUGUAUGCAAAGCUGAGGCUCCACCACUGGGCUGCAGCCCAUCACCUGCUAACCCCUAUACAGCAGCUUCUGCAGUUCUGUGUGUGAGACUAGCUCAGCUAAUAAAGCAAAGCAUGAGACUCUUAAUUUCAGGGUUGUGGGUUUGAGCCCCACAUUGGGCAAAAUAUCCAAUUCUAUGAUCCUAUAAUACUGUGACAUUUGGAAUAUAAACAAAGAAAUAAGGUAGACACCUAGUUAAAAAAAGUAUGCCAGCCAAGGAUAUGCCCCUUUCCUCAGAAGCAAAUCCUACUGAUUUCCAUUGGGAAUGUUCCCUUUGAACUA